CCGAAAUUAGUUGCCCAAAAUUACUAUUUAAAGAGAGACAACGAUCCAUAAAGAACAUACAACUGUGUGAAAUGUCUGCGAAGGAGAUGAAACUUUUUGGAUGGCUGCUGCAGCUGAUGUGCCUGUGGGCCAGCGCCAAAGCCACUUGCAAUGUAUGCAAUGCCGUCAACAGCAUGGCCUGCUACUCGCUCAACCAGACGCAGGCCUGCGAUGCAAGUGGCCUGCCCACGCGCAUACCCUAUAGCUGUCCCGACGGCUAUGUGUGUGUGAGCAGCGCAGCAGGCGUGCGCUGCCAGCCCAGCAGCAGUGGAACGGGCGCCUGCCAGGACUGCAACAAGUGUGACUUCACCAGGACCUUUGCCUGCACGGGAACGAACACCUUUGCGCUCUGCCUGGGCACGGAUGCGCCGCAGAACUCCGUGGGCACCUGUGCUGCGGGCUAUGUGUGCAACAAUCGUGAUGAGCGGAUUUGCGGGCUGGACACGCAGGUGGUGCCCACCUGUUCCUAUGCAGAUGAGACGACAACAACAACAACGGCAACAACUGCAACAACGGCAACAACUGCGACAACUGCAACAACGGCAACAACUGCAACAACUGCGAUUACGGCAACAACUGCAACAACGGCAGCAACAACCACCACGGCAGCCACGCCCUCGACUAGCGAUGCCAGCGCCUACUGCGCUGCUGUCCAGGCCCAGGGCAACUAUGCGGUGGGAAACUAUACGGCAACGACUUGCCGUCAGUAUAUCAAAUGCUUCCUGCUGAAUGGCAGCUGGCGUGGUCAAGCAUAUACGUGUCCGGGCAGCACAUACUUCAGUCCCAGCAGCAGGCUGUGCGUCACCACGGUGCCCGCCACGUGCUACACGCCGCUGAGCACCACGACAACCACCACGGUGGCGCCCACCACCAGCAAUCCGAAUGCAUAUUGCGCCAAGAUGCAGGCCGAGGAUUACUAUCCGGUGGGCACCACGGCCAGCACGACUUGUCGUCAGUAUAUUUACUGCUUUGAGCUGAACGGCAGCUGGAAGGGUAAGCUGUACACCUGUCCGGGCAGCACCUACUACAACAGCUCCAGCAAGACGUGCGUCACAGCGCUGCCCGCCACCUGCACGAGUGCUGUGGCCAGCCUGAGCCUCAACGGCGUGGAUCUGGAGUGACAGUUGCAACUAUCUAUUAUGAUUAUAAGUCUAUUAUUAUUAUUAAACGUCAUAUUGUAUCAAUCAAGCUGUGCAGUUGGCGGGCAACAGGUAGGAACAGCGUUCUUUUUCCGCCUCGAAAUAGGAGCUCGCCGUGCAAUCGUAUUCCACGGCUAUAAUCUUGCCACUCGUGGCAAAGUAGCAACUGAUAUAGCUAUAAGAAAUAGAAUAUGCAUUAAUUAGAGCUUGAAA